AUAUAUUUUGUAAUUAUUUUUUUAUAAUGUUCCUUGCCUACUGCAUUACGGUUUACUGAUAAAUGUUUAGUUCACCCAACUCAUUGUGUUAUUUUUCAGUUUUUAAACAUUAAAUAGUCAACAUUGACAACACAAUGACAACACUAAGACCAUUCAAUUGUGAUGAUUUAUUCAAAUUCAAUAACGUAAAUCUAGAUACGCUUACAGAGACUUAUGCAAUACCAUUUUAUAUGCAAUAUCUUGCACAUUGGCCAGAGUAUUUUCAAGUUGCCGAAUCUCCUACUGGAGAAAUUAUGGGCUAUAUUAUGGGAAAAUCUGAAGGACAGCCAGAUAGUUGGCAUGGUCACGUAACUGCAUUAACUGUUGCUCCAGAAUACAGAAGAUUAGGUGUUGCAGGAGUUUUAAUGAAUUGGUUAGAAGAAAUUUCGGAAAAAAAAGAUGCAUGGUUUGUUGAUCUAUAUGUGCGUGUCAGCAAUACAGUUGCCAUAUCAAUGUAUAAGAGCUUAGGGUAUACAGUGUAUCGUACCGUAUUAGAAUAUUAUUCAGGCGAUCCCGAUGAAGAUGCAUAUGAUAUGAGAAAAGCACUUUCUAGAGAUGUUGAGAAAAAAUCAAUUGUUCCACUAGAACAUCCAGUAAGAUUAGAUGAUUGUGAUUAAGAUAUGAACAUUGUUACAUCCUCGUGAUGGUUUACCUGACAUUGAUUUGUAACAAAACAAAAAUGAUUUUGUAUUUUGAAAUAAAUCGUUAAAUGUUUUAUAAUA